GGCGUUGGAAACUAACAAAUACAAUCACAUCACCGCUACUUACUUCUUGCUAGCUGAAAGGAUUCUGCGAGAAAAGCAAGAGAAGGAAAUCCAGACGAGAUCUGCAAGCCCUAGCAACAUCAAGGCUCAGUUCAGGCAGUCGUGGCCAACAAAAAUCGACGUACCCCAAGACCUGGAGGAUGACCUCACGGCUUCUCCCCUCUCCCACGCGACUGUUCCGCAGUCCCCAGCUCGCACAGCUGAGAACGUUCUCAAUGGCCACAGGAGCAAGGCCCUUGGCGAUUCGGCGAAGAAGGAAGAUAUCCCUGAAUUAGCUGGGCCGGCGCUUUCAGCCGUCCCGUCCGUCAGCCUGAAGCCCACGACAAGUGGCCGGAAGUGCUUGUUCAGAGUAGAAGAGGAUGAAGAGGAGGACGAGGAAGACAAGAAACCCAUUUCUCUUUCUACUCAAGUCGUUCUGCGCCGCAAGCCUUCGGUUACGAACCGCCUCACUUCGAGGAAGAGCGCACCGGUCCUCAACCAGAUCUUUGAGGAGGGCGAGUCCGACGACGAGUUUGACAUGGAUGAGAACUUACCCCCAAAGCUCAGCCGGUUAAAAAUGAACAUCGCUUCACCCAGCACCGUGCAUAAACGCUACCACAGGAGGAAAAGCCAAGGACGGGGCUCCAGCUGCAGUAGCUCAGAAACAAGUGACGACGACUCGGAAAGCAGGAGACGCCUGGACAAGGAUAGCGGGUUUACCUACUCCUGGCAUAGGCGGGAUAGUAGCGAAGGGCCUCCCGGCAGCCAGGGAGACGGCGGUGGGCAAAGCAAACCCAGUAACGGGAACGGAGGGGUAGACAAGACGAGCCCAAGCGGCGACAACAAAGGCGGGGGGAGUCCCUCCGGCGGCUCCAGCGGCAGCACCAACACCACGUCGGGUUCCACGCGGAGGUGCGCUGGAUCCAGCAACUCGAUGCAGCUGUCGACUAGGAGUGCGGGGGAACUGGUUGAAAGCCUGAAGCUAAUGAGCCUGUGCCUAGGUUCACAGAUUCACGGCAGCACGAAGUACAUUCUCGAGCCUCAAAACGGCCUGUCCCUUUCCAGCGUGAAGGUACAGGAGAAAUCAACGUGGAAGAUGUGUAUAAGCUCCGGCAGGAACGCGCACCAGGCGCCGUCGCUGGGCGGCCUGAAGUUUUUUUCUGACCAAAUGUCAGACGCGGCAAACGAAUUGGAGUGGAUAAAGAACACGAACUUGAAAAACAACGUGCUACAACUACCUCUCUGUGAAAAGACGAUAUCUGUGAAUAUCCAGCGGAACCCGAAGGAGGGGCUGCUGUGCACCUCCAGUCCAGCCAGCUGUUGUCACGUCAUUUGACGGCGGCCUGACCGCAACAGCUCUAUCUGCUGGACGGCGCCACCCUGGUCAGAGCUGUGGACACCUUGUCGCGGACCCCCUUUUGUUGUCUUAAGAUUUUUAAGUGGGCUUUGAGCGGUUAUUUAUUACACUUUACUUUGUCCUUGCUCGAUGGUAUGACAAUGCAUGGUCUCUGCAUGCUGCUAGCCGAUACGUUUUUAUUUUUCGACAAAACCAGGAUAUUUUAUGGUGUAAUUUUUACAUUUAUAAUUUUACUAUGGAAGAUCUGGAUUAAGUUAAAAAAAUACCUGGAUCCUAAUGUAAAUGGAGCACUUAGGAGUUUCACGUUCUGCACUUAAACUAGAGAGAGAAGCUUUUGUUUGCUUGUGAAAUGUUAAUUCUUGUUCUGACCUUCUGUGAUACACUAAACUACGUGGUAUGUGGCAUACUUCUAUGUGUCUGAAACAGAACCAAAGCAAUAAUGUUUCGAUGCUGAAAACUCUUGAGGGAGCUUUCAGAUGUUCCAAGGCUUGUACAAAGCAAAGAUGCACUGAAAAUUAGGGAUCUUGAAACACGAUUUUAAACCCGCACCUAUUUGUCUUAAGCUACGAUGCGGAUAAAGUUGUGGCUCAAAAAUCAAACUGAAAAGAUCUUGUUUCGCUACAGGCAGUUUUCCUUUAAAAAAAAAGAA